AUGUUGUCUAGAUCAAUUAACCGUUUGUCUAAGGCCGUUGCCAACCAAAAGAGAUUCUUAUCGCUUCACGAGUACCGUUCCGCUGCUCUUUUGAGCGAGUACGGUGUCCCAAUCCCAAGAGGUUACCCAGCCACUACUCCAGAAGGUGCUUUCGAUGCUGCCAAGAAAUUAGGUACCAGCGAAUUGGUCAUCAAGGCUCAAGCAUUGACCGGUGGUCGUGGUAAAGGUCACUUUGACUCUGGCUUGCAAGGUGGUGUCAAAUUGAUCUCCUCCGCCGAGGAAGCCAAGGACUUGGCUGGUCAAAUGUUGAACCACAAACUUAUCACCAAACAAACCGGUGCCGCUGGAAAAGAAGUCACUGCUGUCUACAUUGUUGAGAGAAGAGACGCAGACAAGGAGGCUUAUGUCGCUAUCUUGAUGGACAGAGCUAAGCAAACUCCAAUGAUUGUUGCUUCAUCCCAAGGUGGUAUGGACAUUGAAGGUGUCGCCGAAAAAGACCCAUCCGCCAUCAAGACCUUCCCAGUCCCAUUGGAUGCAAACCUUUCUCAAGACAAGGCCACCGAAAUUGCCUCUGUCUUGGGCCUUUCAAAAGAUGCCAUCCCAGAAGCAGCAAAAACCAUCCAAGGUCUUUUCAAAUGUUUUAUCGAACGUGACUGUACCCAAGUUGAAAUCAACCCAUUGUCAGAAACACCAGACCACAAAGUCUUGGCCAUGGAUGCCAAAUUGGGCUUUGACGACAAUGCAUCAUUCCGUCAAGAAGAAGUUUACUCGUGGAGAGACCCAACCCAAGAAGACCCAAAGGAAGCCGAGGCUGCCAAGUACGGUUUGAACUUUAUCAAAUUGGACGGUAACAUUGCCAACAUUGUUAACGGUGCAGGUUUGGCUAUGGCUACAAUGGAUAUCAUCAAAUUGAAUGGUGGUGAACCAGCCAACUUUUUGGACUGUGGUGGUACUGCUACCCCAGAAACUAUUGAAAAGGCCUUUGAAUUGAUUUUGUCUGACAAGAAGGUCAAUGGUAUCUUUGUUAACAUCUUUGGUGGUAUCGUUAGAUGUGACUAUGUCGCUAAAGGUUUGAUUGCUGCCACAAAGAACUUCCAAUUGGAAAUCCCAGUCGUUGUUAGAUUGCAAGGUACAAACAUGGCUGAAGCUAAAAAAUUGAUUGAAGAAUCAGGUUUGAAAUUGUUUGCUUUCGAGAACUUGGACUCAGCUGCUGAAAAGAUUGUUGAGUUGGCUCCAAAGAACUAA